UCAGUGCCUUGCUUCCUGAACGAGCUCACAGUAGCCAGGCGGCCCAGGGCAAUCCCACCAUAUUUCACUCUCACCGCUGUAGGAAUCCAGAUGCAGCCCAAGUACAGCAGCACGAGGGACAUGCUGGAUGAUGAUGGAGACACCACCAUGAGCCUGCAUUCUCAAGCCUCUGCCACAGCUCGGCGUCCAGAGCCCCGGCGCACAGAGCACAGGGCUCCCUCUUCAACGUGGCGACCAGUGGCCCUGACCCUGCUGACUUUGUGCUUGGUGCUGCUGAUAGGGCUGGCAGUCCUGGGGCUUUUGUUUUUUCAGUACUACCAGCUCUCCAAUACUGGUCAAGGCACCAUUUCUCAAAUGGCAGAAAGAUUAGGAAAUACAUCCCGAGAGUUGCAAUCUCUUCAAGUCCAGAACAGAAAGCUUUCAGGAAGUCUGCAGCAUGUGGCUGAAAAACUCUGUCGUGAGCUCUAUAACAAAACUGGAGUGCACAGGUGCAGCCCUUGUACUGACCAAUGGAAGUGGCAUGGAGACAAAUGCUACCAGUUCUAUAAAGACGGCAAAAGUUGGGAGGACUGUAAAUAUUUCUGCCUCAGUGAGAACUGUACCAUGCUGAAGAUAAACAAACAAGAAGAUCUGGACUUUGCCAUAUUCCAGAGCCACUCUCCGUUUUUCUACUCUUAUUGGACAGGGCUUUUGCGCCCUGACAGUGGCAAGGCCUGGAUGUGGAUGGAUGGAACCCCUUUCGCUUCUGAACUGUUCGAGAUUAUAAUAGAUGUCACCAGCCCAAGAAGCAGAGACUGUGUGGCCAUCCUUAAUGGGAUGAUCUUCUCAAAGGACUGCCAAGAAUUGAAGCGGUGUAUCUGUGAGAGGAGAGCGGGAAUGGUGAAGACAGAGAGCCUCCAUUUCCCCCCUGAAACAUUAGGCGAAGGUGACUGAUUCUCCCUCUGCAACUACAAAUAGCAGAGUGAGCCAGGCAAUGCCAAUGCAAGGGCUACUUGAGACAUCAGGAAAUGGAACAUAAUCAGGAAACACUAUCUCUCUGACUAGUACAAAAUGGGUUCUCGUGUUUCCUGUUCAGGAUCAGCAGCAUUUGUGAGCUUGAGUUUAUGCACAUAUUUAAAAGUCACAAGAAGUCUUAUUUACAUGCCACCAACCAACCUCAGAAACCCAUAAUGUCAUCUACCUUCUUGGCUUAGAGAUAACUUUUAGCUUUCUUUCUUCUCAAUGUCUAAUAUCACCUCCCUGUUUCCAUGUCUUCCUUACACUUGGUGGAAUGAGAAACUUUUUGUAGAGGAAAUACAUUGAAGUAACAUCCUUUUCCCUGACAGUCAAGCAGUCCAUCAGAAAUUAGCAGUUACUCCCCAGAUUAUACCACCAAAUACACAAGGCAUUCUUUUUGUUUGUUUCAGUUCAUACUAGUCCCUUCCCAAUCUAUCAGUGAAGACCCCAUCUGCCUUGUCUAUGCCCUGUUUCCCAACAGGGAUGUCUCUUGAUAUGAGAAUCUCAAUGCCUUAUAAACAUUCCUUCCUGUGUCCAUUAAGACUCUGAUCAUUGUCUCCCUUCCAUAGGAAUUUCUCCCAGGAAAGAAAUAUAUCCCCAUCUCAGUUUCAUAUCAGAACUACCGUCCCCGAUAUUCCCUUCAGAGAGAUUAAAGACUAGAAAAAAGUCAGCCUCUUCAUCUGCACCUGUAACAGUAUCAGUUCCUAUUUUCUUCCAUUGACCCAUAUUUAUACCUUUCAGGUACUGAAGAUUUAAUAAUAAUAAAUGUAAAUACUGUG